UAUUGAAAGUGAUCGUAAUAGAAUAAAAAGAAGAUUAUUUAUUUAUUAUUUUAGUUCAUGAAAAUGUUCUAAAAAAUAAAGUUUCUGUUCUUCUUUUGCAAGGUGCAGGUGGAUGUUGUGAUUUAUUUGCUAGGUGUUAUUAUUUAUAUAACAAAUAUCAUGCAAAUGUCAAAUCAUCUGAUCAAACAAAAUUAAAAAAAAUUUUGAAAUAUUUAUCCACUUUUUAUUUUUAGUGAAGAUCCAUUGACAAUGAAAGAAAAUGAACAAAUCAAAACUAAACUUCGUGAACAAUUAAAAAUUAUUGAUAAUAAAUUAAAUCCAGAAUCAACUAUGAAUUCAUCAAUUGAACAUGAUGAAAUUGUUUAUUUUGAAUUGAAUUAUAAUUUAAUUCAAGAUUUUAAUAAUCCAUUACGAGCAAAAUAUAUAUGA